CCCUGUCCGUGCAGCUUCCGGAUAUUGUACGCCCUGCAACAGAGCACAUUGAACUGGAAGUUGUUGUUUUUAAAAUAUUUAGUACCUUGCAACAAUGUAGUUUUAGAAAGCUUAUGCGAGGUUGCCAUAGCAAUGGAGGACGCGUGCUUUAAAGGUGCUUUUUAUCCGACUGAUGAGGAAGUUGCAAAAUGGAUGGAUCGCGCUUUUGACAUGGCCAAAGAGGCUUUGAACAAUGGGGAAGUUCCGGUGGGAUGUCUGCUGGUCUACAAAGACCAAGUGGUCGGGAAAGGACGGAACGAAGUCAACGAAACCAAAAAUGCCACCCGGCACGCAGAGAUGGUGGCCCUGGAUGAGCUUCUGGAUUGGUGUUGCCAUGGCAACCGGGAUGCGAGGAGCGUGUGCGAGCAGACCGUUUUGUACGUCACAGUAGAGCCGUGCAUCAUGUGCGCCGCUGCGCUCCGUAUUAUGAACAUUCCGGUGGUGGCGUAUGGCUGUAGGAACGAGCGCUUCGGAGGCUGUGGCUCCGUCCUGGAUGUUUCUUCAGCUGAGCUGACUCACACGGGAAGCGCCUUCAAGUGCGUGACAGGCCACAGAGCGGACGAAGCUGUGGAGAUGUUGAAGAUGUUCUACAAGCAGGAGAACCCUAAUGCCCCCAAACCCAAAACCAGGAAGGAGUGAGACAGAUGAUGUCCUGUUUAUCUUCCGGUUUUUUUUUUUCACUUCUAAUAAAAUCUAAAUAAUCGA